GUAACCAAAAACAGAACUCAGAACUUCCAACUAGCCAGACCACUUCCAGUCAGGAAAGAGUUAGGAUGGCAUUCUUUGGCAUAACCCUGUUGGGCUAUCAGAAUCCCUUUCUGAGCAAAAAGAAAGUGUGGGUGAAGGGAGAAGAAGGAGAAGGGACAGUUCUCCAAUCUCGAAGCCCAUUUGCUGUCACUACAGAGGAAGAGAGUCCAAAGGAGUCAGUUUGUACCAAGCUUCCCCCCAUUAUCCCAGGUGGAAAUUACAGUGUGCACCAGAACAGCCAUGCGAAGUACCACAAAGCCGUCCGGAGGGCACAAUUAAAGACAUUCCAUAAUCAGCUCUUUGAAGAACCUCUGACGGAUGCCCAGAACUUCAGCUUCUGGCUGUCGAAUGACCCGGGGAGUCGCCCACAUGACAUCGCUCCGUGGAUGAAGACUCCCAGACAUUGCAUUAUCAAGAGCUCCAUCACGAGGUUUGUGGAUCACAUGAUUCUCCACGACCGCCUCUUCAGUUUGUACUGAGGUGGGGGAGCUGAAGGCCGGCCUGGGCCACAUCCCAAGGGCUGACAGCCCAGAAGGGAGAGCUGGUGGGAUACAAAUAAGCUGGGGGAAAGAGAACACUAGGAAGGGAAGGGGGGGAGUGGGGAGGACCGGAAAAUUAUUCACCCAUUAGAAAAUAAAAUAUAUUUGAAAUACA